UGAAAGUCCCCAACCUUGCAGUGAUCCACUUGAAUAUAAAAGCAGAAGAGCGAACCAUUCUGGGAGGUGUUGCAACAAAGACAGGAAGUGUCUGAAAGGAGCUGUCAAACUUCAACAGUAAUUUAAUGUUCACCUUGCCAUUAAUCUGCCUACGGACCAUAUGCAUGUUCUGUUUGCUUGCUCAAAGACCCAUAUCAUCUGGUGGCUGGACUCCCUUCUCUAGCUCAUAUAUACCCUCAAAUGUUGCCAUACCUGAUGAUUUGUCUGUAAUAGGGAUCCAAAACUGCCAAAAACAAGAAGAGAGCAGAGAACCCCUUUUGGACCUUGAAUGACUUGAGGUGUGUACCUAACACCCACCGCACUGCAGAUAUGGACACUGGGCUUGCCACGCCAACUUCACCAUGCUAGUCCAUGGGAACAAAGAUUUCCUCUAUGAUGUGGUCUACAUUAUCUUGGAAUUGGUCAUUGCACUGCUGGCUAUCUUGGGUAACGUCCUAGUCUGCUGGGCCGUGUACCUAAACAGUAACCUUCAGAACGUCACCAACUACUUUGUGGUGUCCCUGGCGGCAGCUGACAUAGCGGUUGGAGUGCUGGCCAUCCCCUUUGCCAUCACCAUCAGCACUGGCUUCUGCGCUUCCUUCUAUGGCUGCCUUUUCAUUGCCUGUUUCGUCCUGGUUCUGACACAGAGUUCCAUCUUCAGCCUCCUGGCAAUCGCCAUUGAUCGGAUUAUCGCUAUCCGGAUACCUCUCAGAUACAACGCUUUAGUGACAGGCACGCGAGCUAAAGGCAUUGUAGCCAUCUGCUGGGUCUUAUCCUUCAUUAUUGGCCUGACGCCCAUGCUGGGCUGGCACAACUCUUCAGAAAGCCAAGGGCAGAACAGUUCGUUCAUCAAUAACUGCAGCGAUAACAUGAUGGCUUGCUUGUUCGAGGCCGUAGUCACCAUGGAGUACAUGGUUUACUACAAUUUCUUGGCCUGCGUCCUUGUUCCUCUCCUUGUAAUGUUUGGCAUCUACCUGAAAAUCUUCAUGGCAGCCCGGCGGCAGCUCAAGCAGAUGGAGAACAAGAUGGUUCAUGGAGAACGGUCCCGUUCCAUCUUGCAGAAGGAGGUCCAUGCAGCCAAGUCUUUAGCCAUCAUUGUUGGGUUGUUUGCCGUCUGCUGGCUUCCCUUGCAUAUCAUCAACUGUUUCAUCCUCUUCUGCCCACACUGCAUGCGCCCUCCACUCGGGGUGAUGUACCUAGCCAUCAUCUUGUCCCAUGCUAACUCCGUGGUGAACCCGCUGAUCUAUGCCUACAGGAUCAGGGAGUUCCGGCACACUUUCCGUAAAAUCAUUAGGCAGCACUUCAUGGGCAAGAAGGAGCAGUUCAAGCCUGCCACUGCCAGCCGCAGGACUUCUAUACAUGAGGGAGAUACUGAGCAUUCCAGCAUACGAAUUGGCAAGUAUGCUCAGAACUUCUAUACCAGUGGGGACUCAGACAGCAUCCACACUGAGAGUGAUUUGGGGAAACAUGUGGCCUUGGAAUGGCACCAGAAUGGAAAUGCAUUGGAUGGGGAAGCAAAUGGCCACGUCCCACAUUCCUGCAACAAUGGGGACCUCUUAAAUGGCCCCAGGAAAAUAGAGCUGCUCAGCAAAGAGUACGCCGGAGCUCAUAUCACGCUUGCUGGCUUGGAGACUUCACAUUUAGAAGCCUCUGAUGUUUCCUGAUGGCUUGCUGGAAAUCAUCCAUCUGGAAUGGAGUCUUUCUGUUCCUUAGCUGUGGUGGGAAAAGUUCAUGUCAUGAUGAUGGAAGGGGAAGGGGUCCAUUCCUGGACUGCCAGGAAAACCCUAAAGACUGCACAAGAAGAGAGAUCUGGAGAAAGGACAGGGCCAAGACACGUUUUACCUUUCACAGGCCCAGCUCACAGGCAAGGAGAUAAAACAGACCUAUAUGGACAGAAGGGCGUGCACUUUUGAGUCUCAAAAAGAAGGGCUGUUACGAUGUCAUCAUGUUGUAUCUCUUGUGCAUUGGAGGCAGCAAAAAGAAAUAAAAGCAUAGCUGGAAAGUUGCUUCGCCAUACUGAGGCAGAGUGGAAUGGGGAUUUGUUUUUGCUUGAAUCUCUCUGAAACUGCACGAGCAUAUGGGUGCCCCUUCCUCAAGUGCCCUCCUCAACAGGGUGAUUGGGUUGCCAACUUCCACGUGGAACCUGGAGUUUUCCCCAGAAUUACAACUUAUCUCCAGACUACAGAGAUCAGUUCCGCUGGAGAAAAUGACAACGUUGGAGGGUGGAUUCUAUGGCAUCACUUCCCUCCCCUCCCCAAAACUUUCCCAGACUCUGCCCCCAGAUCUUUAGGAAUUUUCCAACCAAGAGUUGGCAACUCUAGUGGGAUUAACCCUGAUAAAGGCAAAGCUAAUAGAUUUGGGUGGGGGAACAGCCAAGAGGAACUGCUCAGAAGAUCCAGGCUGGCACAUAGAAUCCUGCCUGUUUUCUAUACCUUUCCUAGACAGCUCAAUCCAUGGGAUUGUUGGACACACUAAAUAAUCUGAUUUUGUUUCUUAUCUGUGUAAAAUGUUGCGUAUUAACCUUUAUAGCCUUCAUGA